UGAUACAAACCGGCAGCCGCCAUGUUGUCUCCCCGGGGGCCAGGCACGCAGCAGCAACAGCGGGAGGAGCGACGUCCGGUAGUAAACAGUAGAUGACGUUACCGUUCACAGGAAACGGACCACAGCUGGAAGACAUGAGCCGUCCGUCCCCAGACGGAGCCGGUGGCGGGGGACUCGGGGGGGCCGGGAAAGGGGGCGGAGGAAAGCACGGAGGCUCCGGAGGCGCCGCGGCGGCUGUUACGGGAGUAGCCGCCGGAGUGAGCUCCGUGUCCGGGUCCGCUGCCCCGUCCCCCGCCGUGUCUCUGGCCGCGGUGGUCGGGCUACCCGGGCAGUCCCCGGAGCUCACGGCCCUGUUCGAGUGCCCGGUAUGUUUCGACUACGUGCUGCCCCCCAUCCUGCAGUGCCAGGCGGGUCACCUGGUCUGCAACCUGUGCCGCCAGAAGCUGAGCUGCUGUCCGACCUGCCGAGGCCCGCUCACCCCGAGCAUCCGGAACCUGGCCAUGGAGAAGGUGGCGUCCACGCUGCCGUUCCCCUGCAAGGUAAAACACAGACAAAACCCCCGAUAAACGCACUCAAACACGAGCUAACC